CCCCGCCCCGCCGACCGGUACCCGAACCGGAUCCGACCUCCUGCGGCUCUCUGGCCACGGAUUCCCCCGGGCCGCAGCCUCCGCCUGAAAGCCUGCGAAGCAUCCCGUCUCCCCGCUGAGGGCCGCCCCCUCCUAGGGUUGUGGCUCUGCCAAUGAUCUUGUGAUUACUGGGAAUUUAUAGUUGCCCUUGUGGGCCCUCUCCCUAGAGUGGCCUGCCACCUGCCUUCUCCCAGCAUGGCGUCCGACACGCCUGAGUCCCUGAUGGCCCUCUGUACUGACUUCUGUCUCCGAAAUCUUGAUGGCACCCUGGGCUACCUGCUAGACAAGGAGACCCUGCGGCAUCCAGACAUCUUCUUGCCCAGCGAAAUCUGUGACCAGCUGGUCAAUGAAUAUGUGGAGCUGGUCACUGCUGCCUGCACCUUUGAGCCACACGAGACCUUCUUCAGCCUCUUCUCAGAUCCCCGCAGCACUCGCCUUACUAGGAUCCACCUCCGGGAGGACCUGGUGCAGGACCAGGACCUGGAAGCCAUCCGAAAGCAGGACCUGGUGGAGCUAUACCUGACCAACUGCGAGAAGCUGUCUGCCAAGAGCCUGCAGACGCUGCGGAGCUUCAGCCACAGCCUGGUGUCCCUGAGUCUCUUCGGAUGUGCCAACAUCUUCUACGAGGAGGACAACCCAGGGGGCUGUGAGGACGAGUGCCUCGUCAACCCCACCUGCCAGGUGCUGGUCAAGGACUUCACCUUUGAGGGCUUUAGCCGCCUGCGCUUCCUCAACCUGGGCCGAAUGAUUGACGGUGUCCCUGUGGACUCACUGCUCCGGCCACUCAACUCACUGGCUGCCUUGGACCUCUCAGGCAUCCAGACAAGCGAUGCCACCUUCCUAACACAGUGGAAGGACAGUCUGAUGUCCCUUGUGCUCUACAACAUGGACCUUUCAGAGGACCACAUCCGGGUCAUUGUCCAGCUGCACAAGCUUCGCCACCUGGACAUCUCCCGAGACCGCCUCUCCAGCUACUACAAGUUCAAGCUGACUCGGAAGGUGCUCAGCCUCUUGGUGCAGAAGCUGGGGAACCUAAUGUCUCUGGACAUUUCUGGCCACAUGAUCCUAGAGAACUGCAGCAUCUCCAAGAUGGAUGAGGAGGCAGGGCAGACCAGCACUGACCCUUCCAAGAGCAGCAUCAUGCCUUUUCGGGCUCUGAAGAGGCCACUGCAGUUCCUCGGGCUCUUUGAGACCUCCUUGUGUCGCCUCACGCACAUUCCAGCCUACAAAGUAAGUGGUGACAAAAAUGAAGAGCAGGUGCUGAACGCCAUCGAGGCCUACACAGAACACCGGCCUGAGAUCACUUCUAGGGCCAUCAACCUGCUGUUUGACAUUGCACGCAUUGAACGCUGCAACCAGCUUCUGCGGGCCCUGAAGCUGGUCAUCACAGCCCUCAAGUGCCACAAGUAUGACAAGAACAUUCAAGUGACCGGCAGUGCUGCCCUCUUCUACCUGACCAAUUCUGAGUACCGCUCAGAGCAGAGCGUGAAGCUACGCCGGCAGGUCAUCCAGGUGGUGCUGAAUGGCAUGGAGUCCUACCAGGAGGUGACGGUGCAGCGGAACUGCUGUCUGACCCUCUGCAACUUCAGCAUCCCCGAGGAGCUGGAGUUCCAGUACCGCCGGGUGAAUGAGCUCCUGCUCGGCAUCCUCAGCCCCACCCGGCAGGACGAGUCCAUCCAGCGGAUUGCCGUGCACUUGUGCAAUGCCCUAGUCUGCCAGGUGGACAAUGACCACAAGGAGGCUGUGGGCAAGAUGGGCUUCGUCGUGACCAUGUUGAAGCUGAUCCAGAAGAAGCUGCUGGACAAGACGUGUGACCAGGUCAUGGAGUUCUCCUGGAGCGCCCUGUGGAACAUCACGGACGAGACACCGGACAACUGCGAGAUGUUCCUCAACUUCAAUGGCAUGAAGCUCUUUCUCGACUGCCUGAAGGAGUUCCCAGAGAAGCAGGAGCUACACCGGAACAUGCUCGGGCUCUUGGGGAAUGUGGCAGAGGUGAAGGAGCUGCGGCCUCAGCUGAUGACCUCUCAGUUCAUCAGCGUCUUCAGCAACCUGCUGGAAAGCAAGGCCGACGGCAUUGAGGUUUCUUACAAUGCCUGUGGUGUCCUCUCCCACAUCAUGUUCGAUGGCCCUGAGGCCUGGGGUGUCUGUGAACCCCAGCGGGCAGAGGUGGAGGAGCGUAUGUGGGCGGCCAUCCAGAGCUGGGAUAUCAACUCCCGAAGGAAUAUCAACUACAGGUCAGAGAUGGGAAGGUCCUUUGAGCCGAUUCUGCGCCUCCUUCCUCAGGGGAUCUCUCCAGUCAGCCAGCACUGGGCCACCUGGGCCCUGUACAACCUCGUGUCUGUGUACCCUGACAAGUACUGCCCCCUGCUGAUUAAAGAAGGCGGGAUGCCCCUGCUGAGGGACCUAAUCAAGAUGGCCACUGCCCGGCAGGAAACCAAGGAGAUGGCCCGCAAGGUGAUUGAGCACUGCAGUAACUUUAGAGAGGAGAACAUGGACACGUCCAGAUAGAGGCCACACAGUUCGGACCACGGGCCGGAAGGAAGCACUGGAGGUCCAGUGGGCAGGUCCCUUCCAGAGCCUCCCACAGGAUGAAGAGACAGUGAGGACUUUUGCACAGCUAAUGCUUUUCCUUAAUGUUAGUGAGAUAUAUAUAUAUUAUAUAUAUAUAUUAUUAUUUUUUAUUUUAUUUUAUUUUUUUUUUGGUUAGGAAGUGUGAAGUUUUGUGUGUAUGACUUCUCCUGAGUCUUUGCAGCUCCUUGCCACUCUCAAUCCGCCUCCAAGCUUUCAUUGCUGCCGUGUUCACUCCUGCCCCAGCCAGGCUUGCCUCUAAUGCUGUGAGUGUCCAAUCCCUUCCCAGUGAUCUGAGACUCUGGCCUGGCUUCUGUCUAUUAUGGGAGGAGCUGGCCCUUACCAGGCUGUUCAACAUCCCUGAUCCCUGCCUGAGGGUGAGGACGAUAAGGUUUGAGAUUACGACUAGUCUACUGGGUCUCCCAGAAGCCUUGGUGCUCCAGGCUGUGAGCCGUCUGGGGCCAGAGAGUAAGCUGUUUCCAGGCCUCAGGCCGAGCAGCUCCUGUCCAGAGGACCCUGGAGAAGGAGGGCUUAGUUGGCCCACUGCUCUCUGGCGAGGCCUACCUGUGGCCAUGCUGCUAUGGAGGCUGCCUCAAGUCUCCCUCAGGCCCCAGGCUUUUGAAGGCUCCAGCCCAGAGAUGGUCAGAACUCAGGGGCAAUUUCAUUCAUUGCCCCUUUUGCCAAACAUGCCAUAAACCGCCCCAGCUCUGGCAGCUGGCACCUUCCAGGACCAGGGUCUUGCUCCUUGUUCUGUAGCUCUCAUCUGCCCACAGCCCCCAGUGCCCAGUCUCUCCCACCAGCAGCCGAGUUGAGCCCACCCACUGCCCAGAAGAUACUGCAGCUCCCUCCCAGGGCAGGAGCUCCUACUCCAGCCUCAGAGGGGCGGCGGGAAGCCACCUCCAGACCAGCACUUGGACAGCCCUCUGUCCCUCCAGCCCGGUCCUUGAGAAGCUGCUGUCCUGAGUGACAGGCAACUCUCUGGGCAUCUCGUGCACCUUCUCACUAUCUCAGCAUUGCUUCUCCUUGACACAGAGCUACUUAGGAGACCUGUGCACACAAGAAGGCUUGGGGAGCAAAGCUGACCCUGGAGGCAGCCUUUGGUGUGUUUUUUUUCUGUCCUCUUUUUUCCCCUGGGCCUGUCCUUUGAUUUUUCCAGGCAUGUCUGCCUACAGGCAGAUGGGCCAGGCUGUUUGCAGAACCUAGGGAGAGGAGACCGACCUUUCCAGAGGAAACCCCCUGGUCAGUGGGUAGAGGGCGUAGCCAUGUGCUUCUCCCUUGCAGCACUUGGGCAACCUCAGCCCCUCCUUUUCAUCACAGGCCCUUCUGGCAGCAGCCAGACCUGAGCAGAGUUCACAUCCCAUCGCUUUACUACCUGGGGUCUGGGGAAAUGUCUGUACUUUGGGAUGUCACAGAAAUACAUUUUUGUGCAACGUGCAGAA